CCCCUUCCGGCGGGGCGGGGGCGCGCUCGGUACGCGCAGGGCGGCCGGAGCAGCAUGGCGGAAGACGAGAGCGACCAGAGUCGGAGCGGCUUAGCGAGGAGCUGGAGGCGCUGGUGGCGCCGGGCCUCCCCGCCGGGCUGCCGGCCCUCCUCGACAGCCAGUAUUACUGCCGCCGCUUCUGCCAGGUUGUUGAAGACUAUGCUGGAAGGUGGCAGGUUCCUUUGCCUCAGCUUCAGGUGCUUCAGACGGCGCUCUGUUGUUUCACAUCAGCCUGUGAAUCAUUCCCAGCUGAAUGUGAGCAUGUACAAUACGUAUUGAGUAGCCUAGCUUUGAGUUUUUUUGAACUGCUGCUGUUCUUUGGAAAGGAUGAGUUCUAUGAAGAUCCUUUGAAAGAUAUUUUAGGUUCGAUCCAGGAAUGUCAGAACCUUCUAAGUAGAUACAGAAAUAUGAACCUGGAACUAGUAACUCGCAUCAUCCGAGAUGGUGGACCAUGGGAGGAUCCAGUAUUACAAGCAAUUCUUAAAGCAAAACCUGUAUCACAGGAAUUAGUUAACAAAUAUUUAAGCUCUGAAAAUCCACUGUUCUUUGAACUACGUGCCAGAUACCUUAUUGCCUGUGAACGCAUCCCUGAGGCAAUGGCUCUUAUCAAAUCUUGCAUAAACCAUCCAGAUAUCAGUAAAGAUCUGUAUUUCCAUCAAGCUCUUUUCACCUGUCUUUAUAUGUCACCAUUAGAAGAUCAGCUAUUCCAGGAGCACUUGUUGAGGACUGAUUGCAAGAGUGGAAUUGAGAUCAUCUGCAACACUGAAAAAGAAGGGAAGACUACCUUAGCCUUACAGCUAUGUGAAUCGUUCCUAGUCCCACAGCUUCAAAAUGGGGACAUGUAUUGUAUAUGGGAGCUGAUCUUCAUUUGGAGUAAACUACAGCUUAAAUCUAACCCAUCAAAACAAGUAUUUGUUGACCACUGCUACCAACUUUUAAGAAUUGCUACAAAUGUCAGAGUAAUUUUCCCUUUCAUGAAAGUCAUUAAGGAUGAAGUUGGUGAAGAUGGUCUUCAGAUAUGUGUUGAGAUAUGUGGAUGUGCCCUACAGUUGGAUCUCCGUGAAGAUCCCAAUAUGAAAAGUCUUAUUUAUAAAGCAAUUGCACAUUUUCUGCCAAAUGACUUGGAAAUCCUCAGAAUUUGUGCUCUUUCAAUCUUUUUUCUUGAGCGCACCUUGGAAUCUUACUACACUGUUGAAUAUUUAUAUAAAUGUGCAGAUGAAGAAUACAACGAGUGCACUAGUUCUGUUCAAAACCGUGUACGUUUUGAAUUGCUUCCAAUUUUGAAAAAAGGUUUGUUUUUUGAUCCUGAGUUUUGGAAUUUCUUGAUGAUCAAGCAGAAUUGUUUAGCAUUAUUGGGGGAUAAAGCCUUCAUUGGCUUAGGUGAAAGUACACUGGAAAAUGCUACCGCAAAUACAGAGAAGAUAAUGGAGUACAGGACUCUCACUGAGGAACGUGUCUGCUUAACAGAUGUAAGCAAUGGGGAGCUUGACCCUGAAGAUCUCUCUGAAUCCCAGUCCAAAGGUAAUACCAAAAAGAACCAUGAAGCUCUUGAAACAUCUAAAAUGUUAGAUAAAACUGAACCAAUACACCGCUGUGUAAUAUGCAACAAGGAAUUUCUUGGUGGUCACAUUGUGAAACAUGCACAAGUUCACCAAAAAAAGGGCAGUUUUUCCUGUGUACUUUGCACCAGAAAGUUCAGGCAAAAAGGACUUAUGCUGAAGCACUUAAGGAAUCAUGUCAGGAAGAUAGAAAGGCAACAUCUUGCUGCAGUUCUUGAAGCUGGUCAGCAGGCUCCUGCUCCUAAUGAACUAGAGUGUUCUGAAGUUUCUCUGUCUCUUGAAAAUGGGAAUUCUGAUGGUUCCAAAGAUAAUGAACCAGAGACUGCAGUAGCUCCAAGUGCUGACCAUGUGGUCCAAGUAGAGGAGGACAAUGUAGAACAGGUAUUUGAUGCAGUGGAAAACCGUCUAAGUGAUCAGGAUGAUGCUGCUACUGAAAAUAGUAGUGACAGCUGUUUUAAUAGUGUUCCUGAUACUUUAAGUACAGAAAGUUUGCCCGAAGAUGAUGAGAGCUCUAGUAAAGAAUCACCUGUUCUGCACAAAGUGAAUGGAGCUUUUUGUCCUCAAAAAGACGUUGAUUCUAUGGAUGAAGAAGGAAGCUUUAAGUGCCCUGCUAGCGGUUGUGCUAGAGUGUUUAAAAAGAUAAGAUUCCUCAAUAAACAUGCAAGAAAAGCUCAUCCAACUGACUUGAAGGUGCAGCAGCAUAUAAUGAAAUGGAAUAAAGGAAAGUGUAGGUUCUGCCAGAGAAAAUUUGCUGAUUCACAACAUUUUAUAGACCACCUGAAGAGACAUGUGUAUCCAAAUGUUUACUUUUGUUUACACUUCAAUUGUAAUCAGAGAUUUAAGCUGUCAACUGAGCUUGCAGAACAUACAAAAAGUCACAGUGUUUUUAAGGCUCAAUGCAAUUUUGCAGAGUGCUGUGAGCUAUUUGAGGAGCUCCCUUUGCUGUAUGAACAUGAGGCUCAGCAUUAUUUAAAUAAAACAUCAGAAUGUUCAGAAGAUGCAAGCGAAAAAGAUUCUUCAGAUGAUCCUUCAGAACUUUGUAGUUACCAAGAUGAUGAUGAAUCUAUUAAUGAAAAAGAAACUGUAGAUUUACCAGUUCCAACUUGGAAAUCAAGGAAGGAUUCUACAGAACCAAAGACAUAUAUUCAAAGUGGUGAGAAGAAAGCAAAUAAUGUAAUUCACAAUGGAAAUGAAAGUUUGUCUGAGAGUAGUGCUACAGUUUUAAGUUUGAUAGACCAAAAGACACCUAUGUUACAGCCAAAUUCUGAAAACUCUAAUGUUGUUAGCGACCAACUAGUCAACGGGCACAGUGACCUAGAUAAGACGUCAUCAAAGUCGUCAGAAAUACCUUUGGACAGAGUGGCAGAGGAAACAAGGACAGAAAAUGGGUCAGUGUUACCAGUUUUACAGAACUGUCAUGAUGUACCACAAAAUAAUGCUGCUGCCUCACAAUUACCUUCUAAACCAAAUCAGACAACAGAGACUACUUCAUAUGGUGUCAUCUUAACAAAACCGUAUGUUAGACCAUUGCCUCCAAGCUAUCUUGAUGAACGAUACAUUAGCAUGCCAAAACGUAGAAAAAUUUUGACUGAUGAAGUAAAUGCUGAUUCUGAACAAGAUAAACUUUGUAGCAAAUCAACAGAAAGACUUAGAUGUGGCAAAUGCUUGACCAUCUACUGUAAUUCAGAAGCACUUGAGGCUCACCUUGCACAAAAGAAGUGUCAGACGCUCUUUGGAUUCGAUUCAGAUGAUGAAAGUGCCUGAUUCAAUGUUGUGGGAAACUGUAUCGAAUGAGGAGUGGUGUAAGAAAACACUACAUGAAGAAGCUAUCAGUUCGUUUCCCAGUUGGCCUUAAUCAUAAAGCAGUCUCAAAUUACUAAAGAAAACCAUGACCUUGAUAAAGACAAAGCACAUUUUCUAGACAAAACUCACAGAGGAAUAAUAGGAGCUCUGCAGGUCUUGAGUCCAGAAAGGUUGCUACAAAAUCCCCAAAGUACCAGUUAUCCUAAAAGCCACAUUCAUUCCAAACAUGUGAUUGAAGCUUAGCAG